AUGGCGCCGCAGCCCGACUUUCAGAUUCCAGGCGGUUCAGCAGCCUCGGUUAAGAUAAUUGACACGACAAGUCUGAUCAGCAAAGUCAAUUUUGUUCACACACUUGGCCCUGCAAUCGAGGGAGUUCCCUAUGUCCCUGAUUGUCCUGUCUGGUCUUUCCUGAUCGAGAAUGCAGAAGGACGAAAAGUCCUCUUCGAUCUUGGGACUCGGAAGGACUGGAAGAACCUGGCCCCAAUCGUUUCCAAUCGGCUCGUCAAGAUGGGCUGGGAAGUCACUGUCGAGAAGAAUAUUACCCAAAUUUUGGAGGAAAAUGGGUUCAGCCUAGUUAGCUUCGAGGCUGUGAUCUGGAGCCAUUAUCAUUGGGAUCAUAUCGGAAAUCCAGCACUGUUCCCCAAGAAUGUUGCGUUGGUCGUUGGAUCUGGCUUCAAUGAUGAAUUCAUGCCUGGUUAUCCCGCAAGAGAGGACUCCAUCCUCCUAGAAAGUGACUACGAGGGAAGAAAAUUGAUAGAGAUUGACUUUCAAGGGUCACGCUCGUUAAAGAUCGGUCAGAUGAAUGCUUGUGAUUUCUUCGGCGAUGGUUCCUUCUACCUCCUGGACGCCCCUGGCCACACGGUCGCCCACAUAUGUGGCCUUGUUCGCACAACCUCCACUCCUGACACGUUUAUACUAAUGGGUGCCGACUCUGUCCAUGACGGAGGAGAGCUUCGUCCGUCCCGAUUUCUGCCAAUUCCGGAAAGCAUGAAUCUACGGCAAUUCCUUCCCGCUAGUAUUCAGAACGCCAUAUGUCCUGGUCAUAUCCUCGAAGAUAUUCAACGGUCACGCGGUCGACAAGCGAAUGAGCCGUUCUUUACCGGCAACAUCGCGUAUGAUAUUCCAGCACUGAUGCAAACAAUAGAAAAGUUGCAACAUGCAGACGCUCAGAAAGAUGUCUUCUUUAUUUACGCGCACGAUAGGACGAUAAUGGAUGUGGUAGACUUCUUUCCGAAGCAGGUAAACGAUUGGAAGUCCAAAGGAUGGGCUGAGCUGGUAAAGUGGGCUUUCUUGAAGGAAUAUUGGCAGGGCUUGAGGUUGGACAAACUCAAUGCUUCGUGA